AGCGUGUCCAGCCUCAGAGGUCGCUGCAUAUCUAACAUUUCUGCCUCAAGCUCCGACCAGAGCCGCUUUAAUCUGCAAGAACUAAAACCUGUCGUUCAACCCGUGAUGAACCCUGGGAUGACCGUUGCCACGAGGAAACGCCAGACCUGUCCUUGAGCUCCGGAGAAAACGAGGACACGUUUGAGAAACCUUUGAAUCUGGACGGGCUUGUUGCUUCGCUGUGGCGUAAUCGGCCUUUAGAGACGGUGACAGAACCAACUUCUUCCUGCUCAGCUCCAGACCCAACCCACCAGGAUAUAACCCUCGCUGCCCCGAUGGAGCGCGUUCAGCACAUGACCAAGUCGGCCAUCCGCCGAGCGUCUCAGAUCGAGGUGAACCCACAAGCCAAGAGGAACCUGCAGGAGCUGUUCGUCAACUUCACGCUCAUCCUCAUCUGCCUGCUUCUCAUCUACAUCAUCGUCCUGCUGAGCAGCUGAGAGCCGAGCUCUGCGGCUUGUUUUAUGGCUGCUGUGGCAAACGGAGCAGCAUGUGUGGGGUUGUGCUUUAUUCAUGUAUCUGUGGGCUUUUAGCUUCUGUACACCGACACAAGCUCUCGCUACCGAUUCUGCUAAAAGUCAGAAAAAUGCAGCAACUUUCACAGUUUAACCGAGCAGCAGUGAUAAAACAAUCAUCUCACAACGUAAGGCCAGGGGUGGACUGGCCUAUCUGGCAUUCUGGCACUGUCCCGGUGGGCCGCUUAGCCAAGUGGGCUGCUUGCCCAGCUUGGGCUGACACUACUCCACAGUUGGUGAUCUGCAGAACAUUAGCUGCACGGUAACCCGAAGCUAACAAGAGUUUUCCCAGGUGUUUUUAGCAAGAAAAACGUGGUAGAGCGAUGACGUAGGAGUUUUUUUUUUCACCACGUUAGCAUGUAGCUAAUGUCCCGCUGAUCUCCGCCCAUGGAGAAUGAGCUGAUCUGGAAGGCCAGGGCUCCCGAUCGCAGUGGUCUGGCCCUGCUUGUAAUUUAACAGUCCCAGUCUAUAUUAGAUCUCACAUUCAGCCUUGGGACGAGUCCGCAGGCGGCAAUACCCCCCCACCCCCACCGCUCUCCCAAUUGGGAGGGUCGACGAUUGGUAAAAAUGCCAGGGCCAAAUUUUGGUCCCAGUCCACUCCUGCGUAAGGCUCAGUCUGACCGGCGUUGCUAACCGGACACAAGAGCGCGUGAGCUGCUGUGGAACGCGUAAGGAAAACUAGUGAGCUCUGGCGCCACCCGGUGGGAGACGUACGAAUUACACGACCCAACAGAUUCAAGUUCGUUCAAUUUUUACGACAAAUAUUACAGAAAAAAGCCAUUUCAAGCUCAAAUAUCUCAAACGUGCCUAAAAUAAAUGAUAUUUAGUGCUGGAGUUUAAUCUAAAUGAUUGUAAAUGAUAAAAUAUGUUUGAUUAUGUUCAGCUGAACUUUUAUUUCAUCACUUGUGUUCUAUACGGGCUGCAGCAUCACCACCUAGCUCAAAACGUUUUUAAACUAUUACGUGUUUUUGUGCAUUUUAACUCAAAUAUCAUGAAAAACAAGCAGCUGAAAAGUCCCCGGUGUGACUAAAAGUGUUUAUUUUAAUCUACAGAGAAGAAAUGUGAUAAUUAAACCAGCUUCUAAUUAAUAAAAGUCUGUUGUUUGAUUUUAAACAUCUAAUAAACUCUGUAAAUACGUCUCUGA